GAGCUUCAGUGUUCCAACGAAAACAUACAUCAAACCACGAGAAGAUUCGAAAUGCUGCGCGGUAUCACGGUGCUAGCGGCUAUCUGCCUCGUGGUAGGGGCCAACAACAUCCCCAAGCUCGUCCUGGAUGACGGUUACGUGAACCGUGUGGUCGGUGGACAAGAGGCAGAGGAAGGCUCGGCACCGUACCAGGUAUCGCUGCAGUUUUCGUUUUGGGGCCACAACUGUGGAGGUUCCAUCAUUAGUGAGCGCUGGGUUCUCACCGCAGCUCACUGUCUUGUUAGUAAAGAUCCGGAAGAACUGGAGGUGCUGGUUGGUACGAAUAGCCUGAAGGAAGGAGGUGAACGAUACAAGGUAGACAAGCUGUUCACCCACAGCCGCUACAGUCUCCCACAACAGUUCAACAACGACAUUGGUCUGGUGCGUCUGGCAACUCCGAUCAAAUUCUCAAGCACCGUUAAGAGCAUUGAAUACUCGGAACAUGUGGUACCGGUGAAUGCUACGGUGCGAUUGACCGGCUGGGGACUCACCAGUGCCGGCGGUUCGGUUCCGACCAAGCUGCAGACCAUUGACUUGCGUACGCUGAGCAAUGAAGACUGCAAGAAGAAGAGCGGUGACCCGCGUAACGUUGACAUCGGCCACGUUUGCACACUGACUCGCACUGGCGAAGGCGCUUGCAAUGGAGAUUCCGGUGGCCCGCUGGUAUACGACGAUAAGGUUAUCGGGGUUGUAAACUUUGGAGUUCCAUGUGCGCUCGGCUAUCCGGAUGGAUUUGCCCGCGUGUCCUACUACCAUGACUGGAUCCGUACAACCGUCGCCAACAACUGAUCUGUUCGGAUGAACAAUACAAGCUGUCGAGGUUCUUUUGAGCAUUGAGCAUUACUGUUGAGCAUACUACAUCACAGUAACAUUAUGAUGGACAUGAUUAAUGGAAAUAAAAUGAAAAACAAAAGAUAA